AUGGCGGCUCCCUUGGUGCUGGUGAUCCUGGUGGCCGUGACGGUGCGGGCCGUGCUGUACCGCUCCAGCCUGGCCGCCUUCAUCUCCGAGCGGGUCGAAGUAGCCUCGCCUUUGAACGGCUGGAAGCGAGUGGUUGAAGGAUUAGCUCUGCUGGAUUUAGGGGUCUCGCCAUAUUCUGGAGCUAUUUUCCAUGAGACCCCACUGAUAAUAUACCUCUUCCACUUCUUGAUUGAGUACGCUGAGCUGGUAUUCAUGAUAACUGAUGUGCUAACUGCUGUUGCCCUUUACUUGGCCAUCCAGGACUUCAACAAAGUUGUGUUUAAAAAGCAAAAGCUUCUAAUAGAACUGGAUAAAUAUGCACCAGAUGUGGCUGAACUCAUCCGGACGCCCAUGGAAAUGCACUACAUCCCCCUCAAGGUAGCACUGUUCUAUCUCUUAAAUCCUUAUACUGUGAUGUCUUGUGUGGCAAAGUCCACCUGCACUAUCAACAAUACUGUCAUUGCAUUCUUCAUUUUAGCUACAAUAAAAGGUAGUGCCUUCCUCAGCGCAGUAUUUCUGGCCUUAGCAACCUACCAGUCACUAUACCCUCUCACGUUGUUUGCUCCAGCGCUCCUUUACCUUCUACAGCGUCAGUUCAUACCAGUGAAACUGAAGAGUAAAAGCUUCUGGCUCUACACCAUGCAGUAUGCAGCGCUGUACCUUUGCAGCCUGGUGGUAAUCAUCUGCCUCUCCUUCUUCCUUCUCAACUCCUGGGAUUUUAUCCCAUCUGUUUACGGGUUUAUCCUUUCGGUUCCAGAUCUGACACCCAAUAUUGGCCUCUUUUGGUACUUCUUUGCAGAAAUGUUUGAGCACUUUAGUCUUUUCUUUGUAUGCGUGUUUCAAAUCAACGUGUUCUUCUACACCAUUCCCUUGGCAGUAAAGCUAAAGGAACACCCUAUAUUCUUCAUGUUUGUCCAGAUCGCAAUCAUUUCUAUCUUCAAGUCCUAUCCUACUGUGGGAGACAUUGCAUUGUACAUGGCCUUCCUUCCAGUCUGGAGUCACCUUUACAGAUUCCUCCGGAACAUCUUCAUCCUGUCUUGCGUGCUCAUUGUCUGCUCCCUCCUGUUCCCUGUUUUGUGGCAUCUCUGGAUUUAUGCUGGAAGUGCCAACUCCAAUUUUUAUUACGCCAUCACGUUGACUUUCAACAUAGGACAGAUUCUGCUCGUCUCAGAUUAUUUCUAUGCCUUCCUCCGACGGGAGUACUACCUCACUCACGGACUCUAUUUGACAAGACAAGAUGGGACAGAGGCCAUGCUUGUUUUGAAGUAAGGAUGAUGCUCACCAUUCUUGGGAAAUGGACUACUGUAAGGAACAUGCAAAGCUUGGGGUACAUGGGGUGGGUGGGGAGGGUUCCCUGGAUGAGGUCAGACUUUGAGGAUGAUAUCUACUGAAAGAGAGAGCUGAGGAAAUUCUGGGAAUACCCUCCUGAGCUGCAACAGUGAACUCGGUGUGGAGACUGUAAGAGCUGCAAGUAGGAGCCACAAUGCCUCCAUUGGAGCAUCUCCUUUCCCUCAGCCAUGCUUUUUACUGCAACCUCAGCUAUCAACUCUGGGCAGUCCAGCAGGAACUGGAGGAAGUGCCUGGGCUAAAAACAGGGCUGAAUCUCUGGCCCGGAAAGAGCUGAGAACAUAACUUCUUUACUCUGUUGGUAUUGCUUCUUGGAGAUGUUUGUUUCUCCUGGAAAUUCCCUCUUCACUGCUUUGACCAGUAGUGUUCCUGCUUGGCACGUGGCAAUCUUUGGGCAUUAGUGCCUAAGCCCUGGCUGCAUUCAAUUCAGAUGCUUUCUCAGUUAUUGUCCUGUUGCUGGAUCUUGAAAAAAAAAAAGAGAUUUGCUUAGGCACGCGGAGAACUUGUGAAACAAAGGGGUAACCUGGUGGAAGGAGGACGGUUUAGGCUGCUGCCAUAGGUUCGUUUUUAAAGCCACCAUCUUGGAGCUGAAACCACUAGUGAGAGCUGGCAGUGGGAGGGUGAAAGAAGGACGGAUAGGGGACAUGCAUCCCAUUGAAGCUACGCAGACUCUUUCACGUUAAGAGCUGCACAGAAGCAUUAUAGAGUCUCAGAAGAAGGACCAUUCCUGUGGAGACAGACUCUCACUAUUCCUUUUAUGCACAGCUUAGCAGGGCAUGACUUAAACUGCACCCGUUGUGGUUGCUUGGAGCAGCAGUUCUGGACUGGCAGUGAGCAAGCUGCCUGCCCACGCUAGGGACCAGGAGGUGCCAAAGUCUCCCCUUUAAGACCAGAAAACAAAUUCAGAAGGAGCCUUAGAUGCCCCUUUUGUGGAGUUGGGCUUGAGGUGUUCCACAGCAGCUUAACAAUACUGAAUAUUUACUCCCCAGUGUGAUCCUCCUGAAAGUAUGGUGAUGGUAGCUUGUGGCUGUACAUGGAGGCCUGCGUAACAAAACAGCAUCCCUUGGUUGCCCCUAUUCCUUCCCUUUGUGUAUGUUCAGAUCUGCUCACUUCAGAGCAUGAAUGUGACUGACCUAGGGGAACCCAGGCUAGAUUCCUUCUCUCCUGGUUUAUGUAUGUUGGCACUGAGAAGCAUUAGCUUAAAUACCAUGUUGGAAGCUUUUUUCAGUGGUGUCUGGGUAAGACACAAGCAGUUUGCCCCACUGAUCCUAAGAAGAAGUUGGAGGGCUGCUAAUUUGACAAAAAUAACUAGAAACUACAUCUCUUCUACACCAAUUGAAACACCAACAUGCCCAGGCCCUGCCAAGGCAGCUCCUUUCUUUUUCUUUCUUUCUGGACAAUAACAACUUUUGCCUUAUUGCACUGCUAUUAGCGCUUUGGCUGGCGAGUGGGUUUGCUCCAAGUCCAGCUCAGCCCAUCCUGCGCUCAGCUGUGCCUGCCUGGGAAGGCCCUGCAGCCGCUCUGCACCUUGGGCUGGGCUGGAUGGGCACUCGGAGCCAGGGCUGCUCUCGGCUGCCAUAUGUGUGUGUGGCAUGUCAAAGAGCACAAUAAACUGUGCAAGUUUUAAAUG